AGCGCAUCAACCUUUAUCGGUCACGUGACUUCUACAGCCCCGCCUCCUUCCCACCGUGCCCCGCUCUCUACUGUCAGCUGAUUUGGGAAAGUCCUAAUGACUGUCGGGGCUGUAGACGGGUAGCGCGGUGACCGGUGCCAUGCAGAUGUAUUUUAUCUUCUCAGACCAUGUGACCCUGUUGUUUGACUUCUGGAUGGUCCAGACGCUGGCAGGUCUCGUGGUCUCAUUCGUGGUCGUCCUACUCCUCACCGUCCUCUAUGAGAUCUCUAAGGUGUGGAAAUCGAACCUUCUCACCAGGGUCCUCCAGACGCUGCCGCUGACUCCGGAUUCGGCUCUAUGUCCCCCGCUGAUGUCGGACACAGAGGCCAACACCCCGGCUGGUUCUGACACCUCGCUCGGUCCCGAUCCUCUGUUUCCAGGGGAGGACUCUGCUCCUUCUGUGCAGUUUCCGCCUUCUUCCACCUACCGGUGGUGGCUCCUGCACUCUUCGCUCGCCCUCCUGCACACAGCCCAAGUGUUUCUCGGAUACGUGGUGAUGUUGUGUGUCAUGUCCUACAAUGCCGCCAUCUUUAUAGCCGUUGUUCUCGGCUCUGCCCUUGGAUACUACAUGGCGUUCCCUCUUCUUGCCAAAUACCCCAAGCCUCACAGUGUAUAGAGGACUUCCAGAGUCUUCCAAACAUGGCUACAGAGACUGUUAUGGACAAGUAUGCCUCCAUCUAUGGACCUGACAUGGCGCAUACUGGCCGGCAGGGUCAGAGGUUAUAUAUAUAUGAUCUUUAUAUUCACACACUCCUGCACUACCCUGUGAGCUGUCACCUGUCAGCACCGGUAUAACCCCACAACCCAUAGCUGUGACUUCUAAGGUGCCAUACCUUGGUAUUGUGGCCUUACCUUUUUAGAGUGUACCUAUGGUUUUUAUGAUACAGAUACCCCUCAUUUAUAUACUCUUCAUUACAUUGCAAAUUGUGGAGUCCGCUUCACACUGAACGUCCAAAUGGCUCACCUGUGCCACGGACCGGCCGGUUCCGCCCUCGGCCCACAAUCCAAUUGAAGAAAGAAGAAGGUCCGGCACUUCGGGCGAAGGAUAAAGACCA